UACUUACUAAAAAGGCUUUUAAAAGAUACACAUGAGUUCAACUUCCUCGGAAGGCCUUAGCUACGAGGAGAAUAUAGCGAAUUUCACAUGAAUUCAGGUUGAAAUACUAAUAAAUAAAUUAUCAUCAUGCCUCCUGAUUUGCCACCAUCGGGUUUCAAUCGCAUUCGCUAUUUGUCAGAAUAUAUAUUCAUUCCAGAAAAUAAUAAGAGUCGUUGGACCAAAUUAUUUGCGUGACUCGUCAAUCGUCAUUGCGUGUCAGCUCAUAGCACAUACCUACAUAGUUAUCUGUCUGGAGGUUUUCUUUACGAUAGCCCUACGCCAAGUGUAGGCACUCGGGCGUGAGACUUAUUUAUUUCUUCUGCUCAGACCAGAAAUAAAUAUAUAGAUUAUGUAUAUUCCCCACUAAUGCUUACAAUUAGAUUAUCGUAACUAAACUUAAUUGUCAAGAUUUAUGGAAAAUUCUGGAUGGAAAGAAUGUACCGAAACCGAAGGUUGGCGAAUACCAGUGGGAUUCGCAAUUUGCGAAGCACAUCAAAUAAAUGAAGGCAUGCAAUUUGUAAAUGUUGAUGUCAACCGUGUCCCAUGUCUAUGCACCUUUGUGAAAGUAAAACUCAUAGAAAAGCAUAGAAAAUGAGUGCAUAGAGAAUGGAGUAAGCACCGUGUUUGAUCAUUUGAUUGCCUUGGGUUUGCCAGUUCUCACAGAAUGCCAAGAAAUCACAAAAAUAAGAUGACUUAAAUAUAUAUCUACAAUAAGUGCAAUAUUUCAAUUACAACAGGACAAAAACCAAUUAAAGUGUCUUGUCGUGUUGCUUAAACAUUUUGAGAAAUUCGGAUCCAAUCUCGCUCGAAUGAAUUUGUCUUUUGACUUGUGGUUGAACAAGGGACAAUAGUCAAGAGCCGGAUGGAAAUGAGGACAAAGUCACCAGCUCACUGUUUCAUGUGAUGCGUGACAAAAUCGAAACCCCUCCAAAAACAUGUCACACUGAAGGAGCCAUAAGUUGGGUGGGAGCGCUGUGAUGAUGACGAUGGUUCGCAUUCCGAGCUUCAAGUGCCUCCUCCUUCUUCUCGUUGUCGUCGUCAUUGGCCUCACGGUGGGGCUAAUUUCCAAAUGCACAAGCUCCCCGUCCCCCCGAAACCUCCUCCAGGUUGAGCAUCUACGUAGAGGCAGCAGCAACAACAACAACGACGAUAAUAAGGAGGGUUUUAAUUACUAUCAGUCCAUUAACGAUGGCGAAAUAGAAGACGUCGGGCAGAAAAGCCAUCAAGUGUCGUCAAUUUUGAAAAGGCCAGCCGCAGCCAUUAAUAGAAAAAAGACCAAGGCCAGUAUUUCAAAGCCAAAUCCAGACCCUCCUAGUUUGGGCGGGCUGGACUACCCUUUCGAUGAAGAAGAAGGUGGCGACGGUGGAGCAAAUACCAAGACGAAGAGUGAUGGUGCCCCGAGAAAGAAGGCGAUUGGUGGGCAGAGUGACGUGACGGAUAUUACUUGCAACAUUAACAAUGGGAAGUACAAGAUUGAGUGCAAGAAGGACGCCUCGGAGGUGUACAUCCCAUUCAACUUCAUUCACAAGUAUUUUGAAAUUUAUGGGAAGUUGGAGGAGCCGAAGGAAGGAGAGGAGCAAACGUUUACCUGGCUGCACAGCUUCGCAAAAAUAUAUCGACCCAACCUGCCAUACAACCCCAAAGGAAUUUUUACCUAUUUCGAAAACUACAAUGUCGAAGUCCGAGAUCGGGUCAAGUGCAUCAGUGGAGCUGAAGGUGUUCCAAUAUCAACGCAGUGGGACCCAAACGGCUAUUUUUACCCCAUCCAAAUCGCCCAAUUUGGCUUAUCUCAUUUCUCAAAGUUCUUAACGGAGGGGGAGCCGAAGCGAGCAAUUUUAGAGGACGGGGAUGAUACGAGGGGCGGCUGGUUUCCCAUCGACCUUGUGGGUACACUUCCCAAUGAUAACAACGACCCAUCGACCAACCACUUUGUCCAAAUUCAAUCACCACCUUCCAGUGAUCUUAAUGUGAAGCUGGAUAUUGGGGUGACCAAGCCACGAAUGCUAAUGCUGAGUUGGCAGAUGCGUGUCAUGGGGGCUGCAGAACAGAGAAGACCCAAUGUCACUUUCACAGCCACCGUUCGCUAUGAAUCUCAACUUUAUUACCUGCACUAUGUUUUGGAGGAUUUUCUUAUCCAAGCAAAAGACAAGCACAUUUACCACGGCCUGGGGUCAAGGAGUCUUUCUGCAUGGCAUCACAUUAUACGCGAUCUUGGUGUGGACCUCCAGAAAGGCAUCAACACAAUGUCACAGAAGGUCAAAAAGUCUAAAAUUUUGAAAAUAGUGAGAUCGAAAGUGCAACUGGAGUCAAUUUCGAUAACGUGCACCUCCCCGGGCAUCCCCAUCUUGUUGGAUAACAUGACCUUGUCCACAAAUGAACAUCUCGCUCAGUUCUACCAAGCCGCAGACUGGUUUGUUACUCAUCAAGACCGUCGAGGCGGCUGGCCAAUCCCAGUUCGGCGGAAAUUUGGUUCGGAUUUUUACCCCGUCUUGAAAUCUGGCUGGUAUUCCGCCAUGGGACAAGGUCAUGCCCUCUCUCUACUCGCCCGCGCUUAUUCCGUCACCACAAACAAUUCUCAUUAUGGCGAGGCUUGUGCCAAAGCUGUCGCCACGAUAUUUGACCAUUCCGGAGAGGAAAAUGGCGUGCGUGCCGUGUUUAUGGACAAAUACGUCUGGUUCGAAGAGUACCCGACUACUCCGAGCUCAUUUGUUCUCAACGGGUUCAUGUAUUCCUUGCUGGGUCUCUACGACGUCAAAUCACUGAGCGUUAUGGGUGCUCUGGAUAAAGCAGAAUCCCUCUAUGAUGCAGGCUUGAUCUCAUUAAAGGCAAUGCUGCCAUUGUAUGAUACCGGAAGUGGGACUUUCUAUGACCUACGUCACUAUACUGUAUCCGGAAUCUCGCCAAAUCUGGCCAGACUGGACUACCAUGUGACGCACAUCAACCAACUCCUAACGUUCGCCACAUUUGAAAAGGAUCCCAUUUUUAAGACGGUCGCCGAAAGAUGGAUCGGCUACACGGAGGGAACGAGGGCGGCGCACAACUGACUGGAAAAUGAAACCGUAUUGUAAUUAAUUAAAUUACAGAUAAACCAAAAAAGUCACAUCGUACAUAAUCGUAAACUACACAAGACUUGACUACUCAAUCAAUAAUUUGUAAUACUAAUUUUAAUACGAUUGCACUGCAUGACAGCAUUUUAAUGAUUCUAGUCCGUAGACUUGACCUUAUAAAACACACCUCCAGAUACGUUACUAUAAUAUUAUAAUAACAGUUAUUUAACUCCGAUGUUAAGAAUAAGAAAAUAAUACUCGUAUAAAUAUACUUAGAAUAUGAAUUAUGUAUGAGGAUAUAAGUUGUGGAUUUUGUUGGAACAAUAAUAAAAAUACAAUCUUUGAAUA